AUGACGGCAAUCAAUGUUUCCCUGAUUUGUGAUACCAAGUGGCUGACUUUAGAAGUCUGUAGAGAAUUUGAGAGAGGAACUUGCUCUUGGACUGAUGCUGAUUGCAAGUUUUCCCACCCACCAAGAGUUUGCCAUCUGGAAAAUGGUCGUGUGGUAGCCCGUUUUGAGUCUCUGAAGGGUCGGUGUACUAGAGAGAGCUGCAAGUACCUGCACCCUCCGGCACACUUAAAAACGCAGCUGGAAAUUAAUGGGCAUAACAAUCUGAUUAAACAGAGGACUGCCGCAGCCAUGUUCACCCAACAGAUGCAGUUUUUUCUCCAAAAUGCUCAAAUGUCAUCUCUCCAUUCUUUUCCUGUGCCUCCGCAAGUUGGAGGGAAUCCUGCCAUGGCUUUCAAUCCUUAUGUACCUCAUCAUGGGAUGGGCAUGUUUCCUGCUGAGCUGGUACCAAAUCCACCUAUGCUUUAUUCUGGAAACCCGCCUCUGCCGAUGCCAGGAAUUCCUAUUCCCAAACCGAUGCGUUCUGACAGACUGGAGGUCUGCCGAGAAUAUCAACGUGGAAACUGUACCCGUGGUGAGAAUGAUUGCCGCUAUGCUCACCCUAUUGAUGUUUCCAUGAUUGAAGCAAGUGAUAACACCGUGACGAUCUGCAUGGAUUACAUCAAAGGGCGAUGCUCCCGGGAGAAAUGCAAGUACUUUCAUCCUCCUCCACACUUGCAAGCCAAACUCAAGGCAGCUCACCACCAGAUGAACCAAGCAGCUGCCACCGCAAUGGCCUUCCAGCCUGGUGCACUUCAACUGAUACCAAAGAGACCUAUGCUUGAAAAGCCCAAUGGUGCCACCCCAGUCUUCAGUCCCGGUGUUUACCACUGCCAGCAUCCUAUGGUUAACCUGCAGCUCCCACCGCCACCGCCGCCACCACCACAGGCAUAUAUCCCUGCAGGGCCAAUACUGUGCAUGGCACCCUCUUCAAGUGUUGUGCCCAUGAUGCACGGUGCUACACCUGCCACUGUGUCUGCAGCAACUACACCUAUCAACAGCGUGCCCUACGUUGCAACAACCACAGGCAACCAGAUACCCCAUUUAUCAAUAGAUGAACUGAAUAGCAGCAUGUUUGUUUCACAGAUGUAG